AUGGACGUCAUACGAACCAUUGAGCCCUUGGCCUCCAACAGACACCGCUUUUGUUUGGUCGCCAUUGACUACUCUACCAAAUGGAUAGAAGCCACUUCCCACAAGUCAGUGACCAAGAAAGUUGUGGCCAAGUUUGUCAAGAGCAAUUUGAUAUGCCGCUUUGGCGUACCAAAAUCCGUCAUCACGAAUAAUGGUGCCAAUUUAAAUAGUUAUUUGAUGAAAGACAUUUGCGAACAAUUCAAGAUAACACACAGAAACUCUUCUGUCUACUGGCUACAGAUGAAUAAAGCCGUAGAGACUGCCAACAAAAACAUCAAGAGAAUCCUGAGAAAGAUGAUCGACAACUAUCAGAAUUGGCAUAAAAAGCUGCCUUAUGCCCUGUUGGAGUACCGAACGAUGACCCGCACUUCCACCGGGGCAACUCCAUACCUCUUUGUCUACGGUACAAAAGCGGUCAUACCUGCAGAAAUGGAGAUCCCCUCGCUCCGGAUCAUCCAAGAGGCAGAGCUGCAAGAUGCAGAGUGGGUUAAAAAUCGUUCUGAGCAGCUGACUAUGAGAGAAGAGAAGAGGAUGGUGGAAGUUUGUCACGAACAGCUAUAUAGACAAAGGACAUCUUGA